AUGAACAUUAUUACGUAUCAAGACAACGACCAGUUGAACCGACCACAGGCGUCCGAAGGUGGAAUUUAUACACAUGAUGUCCGGGCUACUUCCCCGGUCUCCGCUUACCAGCUGUUUAAGAGGUUUCCUCGUGUCUUUACUGAUGGUGUAGGUGCUCUUGCAGGCGAAUAUCACAUGGUGCUAGAUAAGUCGGCUAGGCCAGUUCAACAUCCUCCUCACCGAGUUCCAUUCGCCAUCCGCGAACGUCUUAGAGAGAUACUGGAGGAUUUAGAGAAGCGUGAAAUUAUUGCUCGAGUGACAACGCCCACCCCUUGA